AUGAGGGUGCUAUUCUGCUUGACAGCGGCUUGGACCAUGUUUCAACUUAACUCUGCCACUUUGCCGGCCCAUUCCUGGGACUCGCACAUUCACAUCAUUGACCCCGACAGAUUCCCAUUGGAUCCGGCUCGUGAGUAUACGCCAAAACCCGCGACUGCCGCGAAUGCGACAACGUUCCAAAAGAAAGUCGGCCAGUCUCACUUUGUCAUUGUGCUCCCCAGCUUUUACGGAUGCAACAAUAGCGUGCUGCUGGAUGCGCUGAAUCACUUCAACGGCACAGCUCGGGGUGUGGCAGUCGUUGACCCACACACUGUGAGCAAUGAGACGCUCGCCACCCUCAAUGCCACGGGCGUCGUUGGUCUUCGGAUCAAUCAAGGCGGCGACGAAACCCCGGAGGAAGUGAUACAGAGAGUCAAAGAUAACGCCGUAAUUGCCCGACAAUGGGACUGGGCCCUCGAGCUUUGGAUUGACCUGAAAAUCUUCCAGCAGUUGCACGCGAUCAUCCCAGACUUAGGCGUCCGAGUGGUGGCAGAUCACUUUGCCCAUGCACGGGUCGCAUCGGCGUCGAACCAGACUUCCUCGACCAUCGACCCGUACACGAUCCCCGGCUUCACCCAGGUGAUUGACCUCGUGUCCCGCCGUCUGCUCUUUGUCAAGAUAUCGGCCCCCUAUCAGAACUCCAAGCUCUACCCGUACUACCAGGAUCUGGAAGCGGUGGCCAGGGCUCUGAUCGCAAACGGACCGGACAUGGUCGUCUGGGGAUCCGACUGGCCCCAUACCAUAAGUGCCUCCAGCAUCGACCCUGCAGACCGCAUGGUUCCUCAGAACUUCCGAGACGUCGACGACAUGGCCAUGAUCCUGCAGACGAUGCAGUAUGCAAGUAGUAAAGAGCAGAUCCAGCGCAUGUUUGUGGACAACCCUAGACGACUGUGGAAAUGGUACGACAGCACUACAUAG